AUGUGGGAGGAGUACAUUUUAACUGUGCACUUAUCUCCAGACAUUGCAAGUUUACGGAAGCUUGAUGAGCAGCCUGAAUGGUUGAGGGGAGGAAAGCUGCGUGAUUAUCAACUUGAGGGUUUGAAUUUUCUUGUUAAUAGUUGGCGAAAUGAUACUAAUGUUAUUUUAGCUGAUGAGAUCGGUCUUGGUAAAACUAUUCAGUCAGUAUCCAUGCUUGGGUUUUUACAGAAUGCUCAACAUAUCCAUGGGCCAUUUCUUGUUGUUGUACCAUUAUCCACAUUGUCAAACUGGGCAAAAGAAUUUAGGAAGUGGCUACCUGAGAUGAAUAUUAUUGUAUCUGUUGGUACUCGUGCAAGUCGAGAGGUUUGUCAGCAGUAUGAAUUCUACAAUAACAAAAAUGUUGGCAGGCCAAUAAAGUUUAAUGCACUAUUGACUACAUAUGAAGUAGUUCUGAAAGAUAAAGCUGUCCUUUCAAAGAUCAAGUGGUGCUAUCUGAUGGUUGAUGAAGCACACAGGUUAAAAAAUAGUGAAGCACAGUUGUAUACAAUACUUUCGGAAUUUAGCACCAAGAACAAGUUGUUGAUUACUGGUACUCCAUUACAGAACAAUGUGGAAGAGGCCCUGCUUCAUUUCCUUGAUCCAGAUAAGUUCAGGAGUAAAGAUGAUUUUCUUGAAAAUCUUCAUACGGAAUUAAGACCUCACAUUCUCCGAAGAGUUAUUAAGGAUGUAGAGAAAUCUUUGCCUCCAAAAAUUGAGUGA